CUGCGCCCGGGCGCAAAGGGAACCGGAGGCGCCGCCGUCGGGGGCAGUUCUCUGGGGCGCGGCCGAGCGAGAUCGGCGGGGCUCCCGGCCCGCGGGCAGCCCCUCAAUGGAUCUGCUGGUCCUGGGGGGGUCGGUGGUCGCCUUCCGGCUGCUCAACGGCGGCCUGGAGCACCUCGUGCCGCCGCCGCCCUCGGCGCAGCGCAACCGCUGGAAGUGGCGCAACAUCUGGACCUCGCUGGCGCACAGCCUGCUUAGCGGCUCGUGGGCGCUGCUCGGCUUCUACUUCCACCCGCACAUGGCGGAGGACCUCAUCGACACCCACUUGCCCGCCGCGCACCACCUGCUCGGGAUCUCCGUGGGCUAUUUCGUGCAGGACUUCUUCGACAUGAUGUAUCACCAGAAGAUCCAGCAGUGCUGGGAACUGCUCUUCCAUCACUCUGUGGUGAUCCUCUGCUUUGGCUUCGCCUUCCUGGUCCACCGCUUUGUGGGCUUCGCCAUGGUGGCCCUGCUGGUGGAGAUCAACUCCAUCUUCCUGCACCUGCGGACGAUCCUGUUGAUGGCCGGCUUGGCCCACACCACCUCCUACCGCUUGACCAGCCUGCUCAACCUGGGCACUUACAUGGUCUUCCGCAUCACCACCCUGGCUUGGAUGACCCGCUGGCUGGUGCUCAACCGGGAGAACAUACCGCCCAACACCUACACCCUCAGCACGGUGGGCAUGGCUGUCAUGACUCCCAUGAACAUCAUCCUUUUCUACCGCCUGCUCCGCAACGACUUCCUCACCUCCAGCCGGCGUGAGAAGGAGAAGUGACCACCCCUGGCUCCUCCCUCCCCAACAGCUGGCUGUACAGGCCACGCGGAGGGGGAGAGCAAGUGAGCAGGACAGGAGAGGAGAGCCAGAGGGUGGUCUUCAACAUCUGCUCUCCAGGUUGCAACUGCCCCUCCCGCUGGAUCACGGAAAGGCCACCGCAGCCACAGCUGCCACCACAUGGCAGGACGAAGCUGCUCCUGGAGAGUCUCUUGGGACAGUGUUUGGGGGCCCUCUGGUUAGCUGGGUAGGGGUCUUGGCAGCGGACAAGGAAGGUGGGUUAGCGGGAGCAGUAGCCAAGGAUGUGACGUCUCCCUGCAGGGAGGGAGCUGAUUGAAAUGACUUGGCCCUACACAACUUUGUGCUCUCUGAUGGUUGCUUUUGGCACUUGCCCACCCCCCUUGCAGGGUGGAAUUUCACUGCAUCAGAGCUCCAGAAGGCAAGACCCCUUUCCAAGAUCCAGGCCAGAGCAAGUGGCAGGGUGCCAGGAUCCCUCCCUUCUCCCUCACCCCUGUGUCCUGUUGCCUCCUGGCCCUUUUCUGCCAGCACAUGGAAGCAGGAUUGCCCUGGCCUCUCUUUCUUUCUCUCUGCAGAAUACAGUGAGGG